AUGACCGUUUCCAAGGUCCCCGUCUGGCUGGACUGCGACCCAGGACACGAUGACGUGUUCGCGAUGCUGCUAGCCGCAUACCAUCCCCGGAUCAAGCUGCUGGGCGUUUCGACGGUGUUCGGAAACGCCUCUCUCGAGCACACGACGCACAACGCCGCCUCGGUCCUCACGGCGCUGGGCAAGCACAACGACAUCCCCCUGUACACGGGCCUCGGCAAGGCGCUCGAACGGCCGGCCAUCCACGCGCCGACGGACAUUCACGGCGAGAGCGGUCUCGACGGCACCGACCUGCUGCCGGCGCCCAAGUGCAAACCACAGCCCACGCCGGCCAUCGAGGCCAUGGCGACGGCGCUCAAGAGCCAGCCGGCCGGGACGGCCUGGGUCGUCGCCACGGGUGCUCUCACCAACGUCGGCGCCCUCUUCCGCAAGUACCCCGAGCUCAUCGCGCACAUCAAGGGCCUGAGCCUCAUGGGCGGUUCCUUCGGCGGCGGCUUCUCCGACGCGCCCAUGGGCAAGGUCGACGACGUCGAGCGCAUCGGGAACGUGACGCCGUAUGCCGAGUUCAACAUUCUCGUCGACCCCGAGGCCGCCGCCGACAUCUUUCACAACCCGGAGAUUGCCCGCAAGACGACGGUGGUACCGCUCGACCUGAGCCACCAGGUGCUAGCCACGGACGAGGUGAGAGACCUGCUGCUCUACGGCCAGGGUGGCGAGAAGUCGGGCGUGGGCAAGUCGACGCUGCGGACGAUGCUGGUCGAGCUGCUCUACUUUUUCGCCAAGACCUACGUUGACGUGUUUGGCAUCACGGCCGGCCCCCCGCUGCACGACCCCAUCGCCGUCGCCGCCGUGCUCAUCGGCACCGGUGACGAGAUUCCCUUUUUCGAGUGGGACGCGUCCAAGAGCUUGUCGCCCCGGCACGACGAACGCUUCGAGGUCACCGUCGUCACCGAAGGAUCCUUUGACGAGGCGAAGAGCGGCGGUAAGCAGACGGGUAGGACACUGGCCAAGCCGCUGCCCGUCGGGUCCGAGGGCGUGCGGAUACCGAGAGGCAUGGACGUGACCAAGUUCUGGCAGGUCAUGGAGGAGUGCAUCGGGCGGGCCGACGUGGUCAACAAGGGCUAG